GCAAGGAUCAUGCUUCCCUAAUCAGGGGCGGAUGACGAUGUAUGAAGUAAGAGUAGCUCGUACACAGCCAAAUCCUCCCCGUAGCUCUUGGUGAUUGGGCGUGAAACUCAACCCAACCAACCUUCGGAAGCUAGAAAUAUUGGCAACAAACGCCCGUAGCACUUGAUCGAGAUUGUCGAUGAUGACAUACCGGGGCAGAUCGAAGGGGGACGCUGGAUACGGGGACAAACACAACUACUGAUGGCUUGCUUCUCGUUGUUAUAUAAGACUUAUCCUUCGGGGUCUCAGUUUGGUUGAAUAUUUCGAUUUACUCAUUAUUACCAUCAUCAAACAACUACAUAACCUACAACAAUCAUCAUAUACCCUACAAAGCAAACUAUUUUAUCAACAAAGAAUAUCAACAAUAAUUCAUCAUGUCUAGUAUUAUCAACAAAGUCAAGGAAGCCGUCUCUGGUGACCACAGCUCAUCUACCACACACAACACAAACCAGGGUGCCCCCGAAGGUACUCAUGGCCCCCACGGCCGCGUUGGCAACACAGUAGACCCCAGAGUGGACAGUGAUCGUGACCACCGUGCCGCACCAGGCACGACUGUAGGCGGCAACCACGCAUACACAGCCAAUGACAACUACACACAUGCUGGCACCGGCCACCCUGGCACUACCGGCCACACUGGCCCCACCACUCACACCGGCACAACAGGCCAUACCGGCGCCAUCGGCCACUCCGGUACCGCCGGCCAUGCCGGUACCACUGGUCAGACAACCUCUGGGCCUCACCGAUCAGACUUAGCGAACAAAGUAGACCCCAGAAUCGAUUCCGAUAGAGAUGGUCGCUACACCGGCAAUACAGCCGGCGACUAUGGCGGUAGCGGCCCAGAAGGUGUUGCUGGCCCUCACAACUCUCGGAUAGCUAACGCUGCUGACCCUCGUGUCGACUCCGACCGUGACGCUUCUCGCACUGUCGGAAACACAUACGGAAGCUCCGGCACCGCCGGAACCACAGGCGCCGGCUACAACCCUGCUGGCACUACGGGACAUACCACGGGACAUACCACGGGACAUACCACGGGACAUACUACUGGCCAUAACGGAGCUGGAUACGGCUCUGCCACCGAUGCUCAUGGCAUUCCUAUCUCAUCCCACGGUGGAUCAACUGGCGCCGGAUUUGGUAACUCGUCUGGUAUUCCCGGUACUCACGGUACACAUGGAGCGACUGGCACUCACGGCGUGACUGGAACUCAUGGCACCCAUGGUGCUACCGGUACUCACGGCACAAGUGGCAUCCCUGGCACAACAGGCACACACGGUACGACGGGUGCUUAUGACACCACUGGAAACCACAGCACCACCGGCACUCAUGGCACAAGCGGCCUUCACAACACGGCCGGCACCCACAACACGGCCGGAACCUACGGUACAACAGGUACCCACGGAACCACUGGCACCCACGGUACGACCGGUACACACGGUACAGCGGGACUUGGUUCAUCAGGUGUUCAUGAUACUUCAUCUGGCCCCGUCCACAAGAGCAACUUGCUGAACAAGCUCGACCCCAGAGUAGACACAAAGACAGCUGACGGCACUGCCCAUCGAUCUGGAAACCAUAUUACCAAGGACCCUACAGAUGCGGCACAGGUACCCCCCUCUGUCAUGCACCGCCAUGUUGGCGAGCCCCUAAUCGAGCACGAUGAUCAUACACAUCAGCGUGAUCAGAGGAACAGUGUUGGCACUCAUCAAGAGAGACACAGGGGCAUAUAAGGAACGGAAUGGGAUAUUAUUGGGUUCGGUAAUGACGGGAUGAAAACGGUUUCAUAAAUAUACCUAGGUACCAACUUACUCACCUAUUAGUUGGCACGAAUUGAUGACAAUUAU